GUUUAGUUUAAUAGAUAAAUUGGAAGAACAAUAUUAUUGUAACUGACAUAUUUUACCUUAAAAUGAAAUAUGGAACAUGGGGGUACAUUCAUUCAGCAUUUUUAUCCAAUAUAAUAUACAAUAUAAUAAACCAUCCCCCCUCCCCCCCUAAAUAUUUUUUCUGUAUAUUUUUGUAAUAUUUAGCUUAUAAGGAUUAUUAAACAAAAAACAGUUUAUAAACAUCUGUAUUAUUAUUAUUAUUUAAACACAUAAACAUUGGCACAAGGAGGUACCAAGUAGAUAUGCGCCACAUAAAUCAUUCGAUUUGUGUGAGGGCUGUGAUACUUCCCGGGUGCCCAAACCGAAGCAAGUGGUUUUCUUAGGUGGCCACACACCGAGCCUUUGACCUAAAUGUCUGACCCACAAGACAGUGGAGCAUCGUGUGGAGAUUUAGUCUUAUGGUAGUCGGUGACAAACGAUUGAUUGAUACACCAUUUGUUCCAUCAGAAUCGUGGAGAUCAUGUGCACCAUUGGUUUGGAAUCAGGGUUUUCCAACUCUCCUAGGUGGACUCUCCAUGUCUACCAACCCGAUUAAAGCGUCGGACAUUCACUUUUCAUCCUGUCAAUUUCAUAAACGACACCCCCGCUACGAGAAGGCAAUGAGUAGGACUUCCCUGGUAGAGGCUAUGUACGCGUGGCCAUAUGAGAGCAUCUCGAGAGGGAGACCUGACUCUCCCCACUCCCGGUCGUACCAGGGCAUUAGUCUCACAUGAGAACACUUAACCUCUAGACCACUGAGCCGGCCGGUAUCCAAAUGUGUUAGUGAUGUCCAACUUCAACUAAUCGACGAUGUUACGCCUCCAUACACCAUUGUCAUCAGUCAGUUACUAUCCCACAUCAGAUACGGUUGAACUCCACUUGUAUACUAAGUUUAUCUAACUGAAUGUGACUAAGUUUAUAAUUUCUUAAAGAAGUACUAUUCAGAUAUUUAUAAAACUGAUUUAUUCUCUUCUUCAUAAUUAAUCAAAUAGUAAGAGAAAAAAAGCGGAACAAACAAAUUUAUCUUUUUUUGAUUUUUCUUUUGCUAGUAAUAAAAAUUUCACUCUACAGAUACAUUAGAAUUGUUGCAAUUCUAAUGGUUGAAGCGAACGGUACUGGGUUGAAGUCCCGGAGUGAACAUCGACAAGUUUGGGAUGUAGGUAUAUCCAGCUGAUGAGUCCUAAAUAGGACGAAACGCGCAUCAAACUGGAUUCCACUGCUAACCACUAUCCAUCUUUGCUUAAAAUUCCAAUGGUUGUUGUGAAUUUGAUGGGCAAGUAGAAUCGAGUAAAUUAAGUUUAAACAAAAAGUUGAAUGCCAUUUCUAGUUAAGAGUUAACACUUUUUGGGGAAAAUGUUACUUUCACCAAUUACAGUUAUAAAUAAUUCAUAUAUUUCAUUCAGUAAAAACUCACUUGAUGUUGUUUGCUUGUAUCUUCCUAUUGUUUUGUUAGGACUGCAAUUGAUCAGUCUCCUAUUGGCAAUAUGUUCAUCCUUUGCACAGUAGCUCGAUAUUGCCUUAAGUCACAAGCUUUUAUAAGAGAGGACGAGUCCCAAAUAAUAUGAGACGCGCAUCGUGGAUCCCACUGCUAGUCACCGUCCAUCUUUGCUUAGAAUGUUUGUGAAUUAAGGUAAUAUCGACGCAAUAUGCACAGGAUGCACAUAUACCAAUAACAGACUGAUCGAUUGCUGUCCUAAAUAACAAUCGGAAGAUACUAACGAACAACACGAAAUGAAUCUAAACUUCACCCCUUUGCAUAAGCAAGUGGCUUUCAGAAUUCAGUAGUUAAGUGGAUAAUGUGAUGGCGUUUGAAACAAGCGGUACUGGGUUAGAGUCCUGGAGUGAAUAUCAACUGUGGGAUGCAAGUACAUCCAUCUGAUGAGUCACAAAUUGAAUGAAGCAUGAGUUGUGAAUUGUACUGCUAGCCACCGUCCAUCUUCGUUUACUUCAUUUAGUAGUCUAGUCUAAACUUCUUCAAGUAAAUGAUCAGUCAAAAUAAUAUGAAUGUAUGUCAUUCAGUGUAGGAUACAAAUAAAUCGGUCUUGUCAUGAAGUUUUCCCUUCGGCCUAUUUUCAGAAUUAUCAGAAGGGGUUUUGUAGAGAUUUUAGAAAUUUCACUGGUUGAAAUCAUUAGUCAAUUGAAACCAGACCACCACGGGAAACAUGGAACCACUGGACGGCCGUUUCGUCCUAGUAUUGAACUCCUCAGAAGUGCUAAUCCACGAUCCCGACUCUCAAGAUUCAAACUUAGGACCUAUCAGUCUCGCACGCGAGCGCUUAAUGUCUAGAUCAUUGUGCCGGUAUCCAACGGUAUUAGUGAUGUCUAACUUCACACAAUUCACGAAAUUGGGCCACUUUCCACUAUUGUGUUUAAUGUGUUACUAUCUCAUAUAUUGUAAUAAAUCAAAAUCUGAAAACUUGCAUAGAAAACGGUUUUAUCCACAUCUCUCAUUAAUUAUAAUUUAAAAUAUAAACGGGGAACCAUUGAAAUUCCCACUACACGAAGUGAGAACAUCAAGACUGGUACAAGUGAAGAUUUAUUAACCCUAUAAACCAUGACGACGACCCUAGUCGAAAAUGAACUAAUUUUUAUAUUGAUUUGUAUACCCAUGUUACGUAUUAAUUAGGAUGACAUCAUUAACAAUGAAAAAUAUCCAGAGUUAUAAUAAAAACUACAUACUGGGCUUAGUGCAUAUUAAUGGAAUACAAGAAUAUUGUAUCUUAAACAAGUACAUUACAUCAGAAGGGGUUUUGUGGAGAUUGUAGUAAUUUCAACAUUUGAGAUCAUUAGUCCACAAAACCCCUUCUGAUACUAAUCAACAUAUGCUCACUAGUGACUGGCUUCAAGAGAUAUAUCCUGGAGUUCUAGUGAGAAGCAGUGACCAGUGGAAUUCAACCGGGUCUCAUAUGAGAUAGUAACUCACUGAUGACAGUUGUGGAUGUGUCGCUCAAUUUCAUGGAUUAGUUGAAGUUAGACAUUAACACCGUUGGAUGCCGGCCAGCUCAGUUGUCUAGUUGGUUAAGCACCUGACUCGAGACUGAUAGGUCCUGGGUUCGGAUCUCGCACGGGGCGAGGUCGUGGAUGCGCUCUGCUGAGGUGUCCCAGUAUAGGACGAAACGGCCGUCCAGUGCUUCCAGGGUUUCCAUGAUAAUCUAGCUUCAAUUGACUCACGAUCUCAACUGUUGAAAAUACAUUACACUCAAAUCAAUUAAUGUUUUACCGGAUAAAAUAUUAUACUGGAAAAACAAAAAAACACAAAACAAACAAAAUACUACAUUGAACAAUCAUUAUAUUUGUUACAUCCAUGAUCUGCCUACCUACUUUUGAUGCUGAGGACAACUUGCCUAAUCUAGAUUAAGACCUUAACGCGACAGGCUGACUGGCUUAACCUUCAGUCUAGUAUGCGUGAGUUCGAAGUGGGGUAGAGAGAAGAAAACUAUUCUAUCAAUAUUGAAUUAGAAACAAAAAGUAAUGAUAAGAAAUAAUCAUAAUGAAUACCAAAAAUGUGAUUUUGACUUGACAUCGUGUUAUUAUCAAAAACCACAGAUGAUAUCAACCAAGUUUAGAGAGUAAGUGUUACAAAAUAAUAUUAUAAAUAUAUGUAGUGUUUUAUACUGUACAGUUUUGGGAGUACAUAUUGUAUAACUCUCUCUUAUAUUUUGAUUGGAAAGUCAUUGAAAGCCAAAGGAUAAUGAACAAUCGUUUCAUCUGAAUAUAUGAAACUUCAAGCAUGUGCCUUCAUGAGUUUUGUAAUAACCAAAUCGAUUGUAAUUUGAGUCUCUUGAUGGAAAUAUUACUUUAUGAUUAUGGAAUAGGUAAUUAAAGUUAUAUUAUGUUAACUUCAGUCAUUUAGGUUAUUAUCUGAUCAUACAGUUUCACUAGAAUAUCUGUAAUUCAUCUUGAUUUUGAGUCCUGAUAGCCACUUGUUUGUGUAAUGGGGUGAAUUUCAGUUCAUUUGAUAUUGUAUGGCUUGUAUCUUCCCAUUAAGGUUUAAGACUGCAAUUGAUCAGUCUGUUAUCGGCAUAUAUGCAUACUGUGCGUAUGCCUCGAUAUUGCCUUAAUUCACACAACCGAAAUGUUGAUCAUAUGCGGUUCCAGAACCCAGAUGAGUCUGUUCCGAUUUCAGUUGUUAAUUCUAAUACUAAUGAGUAUAUUGUAUAUCAUAUAUAGUCUAAAUCCAAUACACAAUCGGACAGAUACAUAAUGAACCUAAGGAGAAUAGGUACAAUAGAUUGUAGAAAUUUGGAUCCUCAUAUAGACUGUUACAGAUGUGAUGUUUAUAUGAACUAAUGAUUCUUUUGUAAUUGAUGUCUGCUUGAUUUCAAUUUCCGAAUACAAUACAUUCAUUCAUGCUCAUGUAAUACUUCUUGGUUAUAUUGUGUUAUUUCUGUGGGGGGGGGAGGAUGGAUUCCUAAUUCAUACUAUCAUUCGAAUACUCUUAUACAUUACAGUAUAUUUGGCAAACUCUCGUUCUUAGAUGGUGAUCGGAGGUAGUCAACAGGAAACCCUGGGCCCGGGUUUCGUGCUACUUGGCACUCGUCAGCAAGGUGUACCUGUAAUCUUGAGGGAACUGGUGCUCCCUGCGACACUGUACGCAGGGGGGAGUGGAGGGAUUCCUAAUUUGUACUCUUAAUUAUCACAAUUUUCUUAAUGUUUUUCGAGUUGACAAACAUCUUCUAUGAGGAAAUUGUUUCCAAUUCGGUCUACUGAACACUUUUCUGAUCACUUUCUGUAAUGAUGCCAUAUAUAUUUUCCUAUUUUAUCCUAUUCUAAUAAGGUAUGAACAUGACUGUGUUACAUUAUUUUUUACUUCUUUGUAAACUCUUCAAAGUGUACUUCAAAUUUUUCUUUUUUUAGAAGAUAAAACUUGAAAUGUACUAGUUGUAUUGUGAAAAAAUUCUAAUCACUAUACGUUAGAGUUGUUAUUAUGUUUACUCUUCAUUCGAUAGUUAUGUAAGAAAUACCAUGUAUUUUGAUCGAGAUCAUGAACCAAUUGAUAUUAGAUAACCAUUGGAAACCUGGAAGAACUGGACGGUCAUUUCGUCUUAUUGUGAGACUCCUCAACAGUGCUCGUUCAAAAUCCAGCUCGCGGGAUUCGAAUCUAGUGCCUUCAGUCUUGCGCUCGAACGCUCAACCUACUGGACCAGUGAGUCGGCAUCCAAUGGUAUUAGUGUAUAACACCAACCAAUUCACGAAAUUGCGCAACGAUCUUUCAUUGUACUGAGGUUGAUAAUUGUCUAUAUCCAACACGGAUUGGCUCAACUGGUCAUGGCUUCUCACUAGAACUCUGAGAAUUCCCUAACGAAUUUAGUCAUUAGUGAGCACAUGGUAAUUAUCAUUAUGGGGUUGUGGAGAUUAUUAAGUUUCUUGUUGAGAUACGGCGAGUAGGAUCGUGUAUGCGCACUGCUGAGGAGUCUCACAGAAGGACGAAACAGCCGUCCAGUGCUUCCAGGUUUUACAUGGUGGUCUAGCUACAAUUGACUCAUGAUUUCAUCUAUGAAUAUUGUUUACUCUAUUGAUUAUAAUGGACAGUUUCUAUGUGUUUAUUCACGAUAAUUUUUUUCGUUGUUUUUUCAAAAUGAGGAAAUAGUUAAGUGGGGAACCUAUUUUUUUCUGUACCUCUACUUUAAUAUAUCAACUUCAAGUCCAUUUUUAUUGUAUAUUUGGUUAGCUGUUUAAUUAUACAUAAUUAUAACUUUCAUUAAAAACAUUAGAGUAUGAUAUUUUUUGUAUGGUAGACCGAAUAUUAUAUGAACUCAUAAUAUACAAUCAAGUUAUUAUAUCCAAAAGUUAAUGCUAUAAUAUAUAAAAUAUAAUUGAUAAACAUAAAGGAAAGUUAUGGAGCAUUACUUAAAUUGGUAGGCUUUUGCCAUGUUCGAUCUGUAUUUGGUACCAUAAUCUAUAAUUAUAGGGAAUUAAUCAUUCCAAUAGGGUUGUUGUGAUUCCAAUGAUAUAGUCAGAUGUAGUAUAUAAAAGAAAUAUGGUUGUAGUCUAUACAUGUAGAUAAUAGAUAUUUUAGAGUUUAGUUAUCAUAAUAACAUGCAAUUGAAAAUGAGAGAUGUGUAUGUAGCAGUGUAUUUAUGAACAGUUAACAAAGUGUAUCGUAGAAAAGAUUUGUAUCUCAUGUGGUGCACAAACUUCAGUUUGUGCUGAUGAUUUAGUUCAGAAGAACGAUGAAAGCUCCACAACCAAACCAUCCAGCUCAGCGUACAAAACUCCAACGUGUAUCGUACUAUGAAGAUUUAUUAUGAAAGAUUGUGUAAUCCAUAUAUUUUUAUUACAAUGACUUUAGAUUUACAUUGAGUAAUGUUAUUAAUAAUUGAAGAGUAUAUCUUACUACUGUUAACAGUUAAAUACAAAUACCAUUAAGAUUAGAAAUAAAAUUUAACUAUAUCGAGUAGAUUACUGUAGUCUAUGAAUUUGUUUCAACUUUUAUACGGAUUUCGCCAACUUAUAUUUUAGCACCUGUAAGUGUAUCUCAUUCCAUAAGUAAUAUUAUAGGAAAUUUAAAUAUUUAACCAUAUUUAUUAGUGAAUUACCUAAGCAAAACCACCUACUUGUUGGCACUUUAUGUUAAUACCGUCCCCAGCAAGUUUAACUAAUUUGAAUAACAUCAACAGUAUAUCACUGUGUCACAUGAUACACGCAUUUUGGUAGACCUGAUUGACAUAUUUUGGUAAUUACUGCUUUGUUGUUCCAUGCUCUCUGUUUUCGUUUUAAUUUCUCUAAUUGUAGAUAAUUAUCAUUAAUUCGAUCAGACACACAAAAUAACCUUAACUACUGCUAGGUUUGAAGCUAGCACGAGUUCACUUAGUCUGCGAACGAGAACAAGACUCGGUGACCAAAGAUCAGUAAGCUAGCUACUGAUGGUCCUAGCUCCACUAACUAAAGGGAGAAGUCCAAGCUUGGAAUGGGAAGUAUAUUCUUCAAAACAUCCGGAAACGAGAGAUAACAAGAAACACAAUUCAAAACGUAUAUAUACCGUACAAAACCGUCCUUGGGGGAGAGUUACCAAACAGCAUACUAAAAUACUCAACGGACCAAUAGCAUUUAAGAUAUUUCCCAGUGGGAAAUACGACAUGAAGGUGACAAGAACGCCUUUGGCACGAAAACAAAGAAAUUCAAAUUUUCUGAAUAAAAUUACAAAAUUAGGUCCUUUCGCAAAAAUUGAAUUGAAUCAAUUAAUGACAAUUUAUGAAGAACAAUUACAUAUAUCGAAAAAUAUUAAAGAUAUAUUACAUUGUAAAUGUAUUGAAUCUACAACAUUUACAUAUUCUAAUAAUGAUUGGAGUUUUAUUAUUGAUUGGAAUCAUUUAUUCAAUAAUACUACUACUAAUAAUAAAGAUACUAAAGUCAUUCAUGAUUAUAGACCGAAAUGUUAUUUACAAAAGCAUAAUACAUUAAAACAUUGGAUUAGAAUACAAUAUAUCAUAUCUAUUCAUUGGUAUAAUUUAGGUGAAUUUACUACAGAUUUAUUAGAUCAUUUAAUUAAUCCAGAUCAUAGUUCUAUAACUAAACCAUUAUUAAUUGGUGAUUUAAAUUGGUUUUUAAAUAAUACUAUCUCUAAUAUGAUUAAAUUAAAACAUAAAAUUUCUAUUAAAAUUCAUUUUUAUUCAAUUACAUAUAUUAAUUUAAUACAAUUAAUACCAACACUACCACAUAUCAAUCAAAAUUGUACACAAUUUAUUGAUCCAUAUGGUAUAGAAUGGUUUAUUAUAAGUGAUAUAUUAGGGAAAUUAGUACAUUUAAAAUUAUUUUAUUUAAAUCAUUCCAAUACUACUUAUAAUACUACUUAUAAUAAUAAUAAACAUUUGAAUGAUAAUGAAUAUCAAUUACAAGUUAGAUCAACUGCAUGGUCAAUUCAAUUAAUUCCAUAUAAUGAAUCAUUAAAUAAUGUUAAAUCAAUGAGUCCAUUUUAUGUUAUAUAUACUUCAAUGAAUAAUAAUACAACAAAUCAAACAAUCUUGAAACAAAAUUCUAAUACAAAUUAUCAAGAAAUUGUUUUAAAUUUAGAUGUUGAAAAAGUAUGUAGUUCAAAUUUUGGAUAUUCACGUCCAAGUGAUAAUGCAAUUACAUUACAUAUUGAAUGGUUAUAUUCUCAUGUAUUAUGUAGAGGUGAUUAUCAAAAUUAUGAUGAAUUAAUCGCAAGACAACGUUAUCUGCUUUUAAGGGAUAUAAGUAACAAAGAUUCAGGGAAUGAACAUUUAAACAAACUUAAACAAGUUCAAGUUUCAACAUCAUCAUCAUCAUCCAAAGAAAAUGAUCAUCAUGAUCAUGAUACUAAUCGAGGAAAAUUGUCAGAAUCUAAUAUAAAUUCUAUUAAACAAUCAUCAUAUUUAAGAAAAUCAUCUGAAAUCUUAUCAUCAUCUAAAUCAUAUUUUCAAGAUUCAUUUAAAAUUAAAAAAACUUCAACAAAUAAAGGAUCCAUAUCACCAAAUCAUUCAUUAUCUAGUGGAAAUUCUUUAACAAAUUCAUUAAAUAUUAAACAUUUUUUAACACCAUCCGUAAUUAUUAAUAAUAAUAAUAAUAAUUUAAAUUCAGAUAUAAAUAAUUUAGAUGAUGAUUCUUCUUCUACAAAUCAAUCUUGGCGUCGUCAUAGUUCGUGUUUAGAAGAGGUUGGAACAAAUCAACGUAGACAAUUACCAUCUCCACCUCCUCCUCCUGUUCCAUUAGUAUCAUCAUCAUCAUCUUCAUUAAAAUUAACAGGAGUUAUAUUACCUGAAGAUGUGAAUACUAUUUCUUCAAUUGAUCGUUAUCAAACAACACGAACAAAUAAUAAUAAUAAUAAUAGUCCACGUUUAUCAUUAAAACAUGAACAUUCGGAUUUUGAUCAUUUUAUCUAAAAAAAAACAAAAAAUAAACAACAAAAAAAACAAAAAGACAGUGUGUGUGUGUGUUUGUGCAAUUUUGCCGGUUUUUUAUUUUUUGUGAAAAUGAAAAAAUUGAUUUCUUCAAAGUGUUUCUGUGCAUGUGCAUGUGUGUGUGUGUAUGUGCUUGCGUGUAUAAUUUCGCGUGUGUAUGUGUGUCAUGGAAACCAACCAAACAAAAUUUCUUUAUUUUCGCCGUUUUUUUAUUUUUAAAAGAAAAUAAAAAAUAAUAAUAACCAUAUAUACUACUACAAGUCAUUUGUAUAUUUUUAGAUAUGAAUUCGUUUCAUCAAUUGUCCAUUAGUUUGUAUUGUACAUUGAACAAUCUUGUUUAAAUUAUUGAUGAUCACGAAACAAACAAAAACUUUGAAAGAAUAAAAUGAAUUUUGUUUUCAUGUGAAUAAAUGUGAUUUUGUUUUUUGUGGUUUUUGUUUAUUGCAUAAUAUACUACUUAUAUUACUACUUAUGUAAUCAUAAAUAGUAAGUAGUAAUGACUGAGCUUCGUAUAUAUAUAUCCUUUGUUUUGUUUGAAAAUGUUAUUUUAUCAUUGAUUUGUGAAGUGUACUGUUUUCUUUUUAAAUGUUGUUGAUUUUCAUGUUUCUUCUGAAUAAAAAUUGAUAAUCGAUUUUUUUUGUUUCUAAUUGAAAUUAUAUUAUGUUUUUGAUUGAGAUCAUGAACUGAUUGAUGUUAGACAACCGUCGGAAAUCUGGAAACACUGGACGGUCAUUACGUCCUAUUGUGGGACUCCUCAACAGUGCUUGUUCAAAAUCCAGCCCGCGGGAUUCGAACUCAAGGCCUUCGCGCGUGAACGCUCAACAUACUAGACCACUGAGCUGGCAUCCAAUGAUAUUACUGUCUAACAUCAACCAAUCCACGAAAUCGAGUGACCAUCUUCCAUUGUACUGAGGUACAUAACUGUCUCUACUCAACACAGAUUAGUUCCACUGGUCACGGCUUCUCACUAGAACUCCGAGAAUUUACUCACUAAGCUAAUCACUAGUGAGCACUUGUUAAUUACUAAUAUAGGGGUUGUGGAGAUUAUUAUAUUAGUUUGUCAUAUAUUUGAGAUAAUUAUCUCCUGCCUUAUAAGCAAAGAUAAACAGUAGCUAGUAGUGAAAUCCAGUUUGAUACGCGUCCCAUCCUUUGGUACUCGUCAACUGGAUGUGUCUACACCUCAGAAUAUAUGUUCAUUCCAG